UAUUUUUUCUUUCGUUUGAAAAAAUUCAACAUACACGAUCCAUCUACAAUGUCUUAUGAUAAUAUAAAUCAAUACGAUCAACAACAACAACAACAACAACAAUUAACUUAUUUAUUAGACGAUAAUAUGAAUAUGACCAAUAUUCUUUAUGAUUCACAAUCAAGUAAUUCAAUUUUCGGUGAUAAUAUAACUAAUACUGUUAAUCCUACAACAACAAUGAUGGGCCAAAAAUUUUCUACUAAAGUUGCUGUAAAAAGUUCGGCACAUGUUUCCUAUAUUGUUGGUAAACAAGGUUCGAAAAUACGUCAAAUACGACAAGAAACCGGUACAUUCAUACAAACACCGGUAAAUGGUGAAGAACCAAUAUUUGUUAUUAGUGGUGAUAAAGAUAGUGUACAAUUGGCUAAAAAUAAAUUAGAAGAAGCGGCAAAUGAAUUUGAUUUCAAUAUAUUUGUUGAAGCAUGUACAUUUAAAGAUGGUGAUCGUAUACGUAAUAAUUUAUUUUUACCUGCACGUUAUAUUGGUUUAGUUGUCGGUAAGAAAGGUUCAAUAAUUAAACGUAUUAUGGAAUCAAGUGAUACAACUAUUGUAACACCUAAAGUAAAUACAUUGAAUGGUUUUAAAAUUCAUGGUAAAGUGGAAAAAAUUCGUUUAGCAAUCGAUAUGAUUAAAGAACAUAUACUAUCAACAAGUAAUGUUAUCAUUGAUGAAAUUCAACAAAAUCAAUUUGAAAUAACAUUACAAAUCAAAGAAUGUUAUCAAUGAAUUUUGGCCAUAAAUUAACGAUGAUUAUUUAAAAAAAAAAAAUCUCUAUUUCCGAA